UAAUGAUUGAUUAUCUAUUUCUGAUUAUAGAACUUUAUGGUCUUAGAAUGGUUUUAUAUUGGGUAUUUUUGUUAUUAGGAGAAAUAUAUAAAUGCUUACAACCAUUUCCAGAUAUUAAAAAAAAAUAUGGAUAAGAUUGUUGGGCAGUUAUUACAGGGGCAACAGAUGGAAUAGGAAAAGCUUAUUGUUAAGAAUUAGUUAAAUAAAAUGUCAAUGUUUGUAUGAUUAUUAGAAAUAAAGAAAAAGGAGAAAAGUUAAUCUAAGAAUUAAGUGCAAAAUCAUCAUCAAAGUUUAGAAUUGUAAUAGCAGACUUUAUAAGAUGUUCAGAUGUAGAUUUUUUUGAUAAAAUUUACGAAUAAAUUAAGGAUCUUGAUAUAGGUAUACUUAUAAACAACGUUGGAGUUUCUAUGGUAUAUUCUUAUUCCUAAAAUAAAGAAAAACCCUUUUGAGAGACAAUCAGAGGUUGAUAUUCGAUAAAUGCUUACAAUUAAUAUAUUCCCUGUUGUUUUCUUAACAAAAAAGAUACUACCAAUUAUGAAAUCAAGAAAAAGUAGAUCUGCUAUCAUCAAUUUAUCUUCGAUUGCAGGUAGAUUACCAUUACCGUAUCAUCAAACCUAUUCUGCAACAAAAGCUUUUGAUGAUCAUUUUUCAUAAUCUUUAGCAAUUGAAGUUGAGGGAAUAGACAUUUUGUCACACAGACCUUUUUUUGUUACAACUCCUUUGACCAAUUAUGAAAAAGAGGCUGGAGCCAUAACUCCUGAACAAUGUGCUAGAGGAGGAUUAUAAAGAUUAGGUUUGGAAGUGACUAGCCAUGGAUAUUGGUAUCAUAGAGUCAUGGGAUUUCUUUUAACUUAUAUUAUACCAUAAUUUGUUAGAACAAGAUAAUUGAAGUAAAUAUUGAUUAAAAGAGCAAAAAAGAAUUAAUGAU